CAAGGACUCAUCCUAUCGAUAAGGUUCAGAUAGCCAAGGUGGAGGAUGGGAAAAGAAUGGAACUGUCCCAGCUCCUCAAUGAGAUCAGGGCAAACUAUGAAAAGCUCCUCACCAGAAAUCAGAUAGAGACGGUGCUCUCAACAAGGAUCCAGCUGGAAGAAGAUAUAAGCAGGAAAAUGAACAAAGAUGAAGAGGCUUUAAAGGCAGCUCAAGCUGAACUCAAGGAAGCCCGGCGUCAGUGGCACCACCUGCAAGUGGAAAUUGAGUCUCUCCAUGCCGUGGAGAGGGGCCUCGAGAACUCCCUGCAUGCCAGUGAGCAGCAUUAUCAGAUGCAGCUGCAAGACCUCGAAGCUGUGAUUGAAGGCCUAGAGAAAGAACUACAGGAGGUCAGGCGAGGAAUUGAGAAGCAACUUCAAGAGCACGAGACACUUCUCAACACGAAGAUGAGGCUAGAACAAGAAAUAGCAACAUACCGGCGUCUUCUAGAAAAGGAAGAAAUCAGAUAUUAUGGUUCUAUACAAGGUGAGAAAAAAGAUAAAAAACCUACCACAAGCAGAGUUGGGUUUGUUUUACCUUCAGCCAUUAUAAAUGAAAUAUCUUUUUCAACAAAAGUCGCACAAAAAUGUGAGAAUGAAAGAGUGGGAACAAUAACCAAGCAAGCAAUUUUAAAUGGGAACCUCGUGAAGGAGAGCACCGAGGCACACGGCACGAUACAGACAGAGAAAGUUGAUGAAGUUAUAAAAGAAUGGGAAGGUUCCUUCUUUAAAGAUAAUCCUCCAUUGAGGAAAAAGUCUGUUUCUCUGCGAUUUGAUCUCCACUUAGCAGCCACUGAUGAGGGGUGUUUACAGACUAAGCAGGAUAAUUUACCAGAUAUAGAAGUCAGACUGGUUAUGAGAAGAUCAUGCAGUAUCCCCUCUAUCAAACCUCCAUCAGCAGCUAAUUAACGUGAAGACAGUAUUUGACAUGUUUUGAAAAUGUCCAUAGGAUGGACCUAGGUGAGCCAUGCUGGCCCCUUCCAUCCCUAAAUAUGCUAGUGAGAACUUAUAUGGAAGGUUAUGAUCAAUGUAGUAUUCUCUUUAG